UCUUCUUCAAUAUCCUCUUAAUUACACAGCACCAUACAUAUUUUAAGGAAUGUGUUGACGCCAAAAUCUGAAGAUCUUGCACUAACAAUUCACCAGUCAACUUAAAGAAGGACUGAUCAAUCAAAGAUGACUGUAGUUUAUGACAACUGGGAAAGGCUGGUCACUGCUGUUCUGCGCAGAGAGGAGCUGUGGCUAAGUGGUCUAAGAACACCGAGUGAUGUAUUUUCACUAUCAUCUGCAUCAGCAUCGCCCUCUUUCAAUUUCAGCUCAAACCCACGCCAGGUUUCAUCUUUAAGUUCUUGGAGCUUAUUAGUUGGGGAGUCAUUUACAUAUCAUCAAAUUCUUAAAGCUACAGAUUUCUUGAGUGACUCAAAUCUCAUCAAGCAUGGCCACUCUGGAAAACUCUUUUAUGGAGUUUUGGAAGGUGGGACACAAGUAGUAGUUAAGAAAGUUGAUCUUUCCUGCGUUGAGAAUGAAUUAUGUUUAAUGUCAGAAUUGGAAAUUUGCGGCAUGUUAUAUCAUUCUAGACUGGUCCCUCUUCUGGGGCACUGCUUGGAGAAUGGACACGAGAAGUUUCUGGUUUACAGAUACACCCCUAACAAGGACCUGGCAAGUUUUAUGCGGUAUGAUAAAAUUAAACAACUACCGUCGUUAGAUUGGACAGUGAGGUUGAAGAUUGCAACUGGAGUUGCAGAGGGUUUAUGCUACCUACAUGACAAAUGUUUUCCACCCCUUGUUCAUAGGGAUAUCCAAGCUAGCAGCAUACUACUUGAUGAUGACUUUGAAGUGCGGCUAGGGAGCCUUACUGCGGUCUGCAUUGAAGAACAAGUCUACAACCAAAGUAGGAUUGCUAGGUUCCUGAGGUUGCCAAAGGGUUCAAAACAAACCACAGGUACAUCUACUACAAGUUGUUCUUAUGAUGUGUAUUGCUUUGGAAAUGUUUUACUUGAGUUAGUCACUGGCAACCUGGGUGUCAGUGCUGCCAAUGGCUCCAGUAUGAAGGAUUGGAUGGAAAACGCCCUAAGCUAUGUUGUUUCAAACGAUAAGAAACUCAUCCUAAACAUUGUAGACAAUUCCUUAAUCAUAGAUGAGCAUCUUUUAAUGGAAGUCUGGGCACUUGCUUUUGUUGCCAAGGCUUGUGUCCAACACAAGCCUUCCAAGCGGCCACAAAUGCCAGAAAUACUUGAGGCUGUAAAACAUAUUAAAUUGACCAGGGUCAGUAAUGGACAUCUUCAACCUGCUAGUUAUCCCAGCAAACUUUUCCCACCUCCUACAAUGACAGCACUUCCUGAGGGAUCUCGAACAAUAGGACGGCUUUCACAGGCAAUACAAAAUGCCAGAUCCUCAGGCAACAGCAGUGCUUCAUGGAACUACGUGUUCAUGCGAAUGAAGAGGUUUAUCCACGCAGUGGAAUCUUGGCUAACUCUAAUUUAAGGAUUUUUACAUACUUGGAGAUUAAGGCUGCUACAAGAAAUUUCAAAAUUGACACAUUUUUGGGAGGAGGUGGGAGGGUAUACAAAGGUUUGCUUCAUCAGACGUCCACGUACUGUGGCACUGAAGCAGUAAUUGCUGUUAAAAAAGUUUAUGCUGAGUACAUUCCGCAAUUUCAACGAUGGCCGGUAAUUCCACGAAACUUGUAACCAGCCCAUCUCUGACAGCCUUCGUUUGGUACCAAUUGUUCCUACCUAUUUGUAAUAUGGUUAUCGCUUGCUCAUAGAGGACUUGAGCUCUAUAUUCUUUUCUAUUCCUGCAUGCUGCUCACUCUUGUAUUCUCUAAGGUGUGUAGAAAUGGCUCAGCUUUCCGUAAAAUGUCUUUGCUAUGAACCCCUUGUCAAGACCAUUAAUGGGACAAGUUGUGGAGGUACUAGAAAACAUUGAAUCUGCCAAUUAAAAGCGAAAAGGGCAGGAGAUGAACUCCACCCGAGGAAGUGGUCUGCAACCAAGGAAUGAAGGAUAUCCAUCCCGUGGUUCCCAUCCACUCCAUAUAAGUGCAUAGCGACUGGACUAGCUUUCUCAAAGAGCAGCUCCUUCUAAGAAUAUAUGUUUUUCCUGUACCCUUAGACUAUAUUCCAAUCAUUGUUCUCCAAUCCCGCCUCGUACAAGUAGUUAAGAGCCCAUUUUUCUUGUAGCGAUAGAAAUCCUACAGAACAAAAUUGAUAUUUUGUGCUGAUAUUUUGUCAGUCAGCAAUUUGUUGUAAAAAUCAACCACUCAUGUCCUUAGAAUUCGUAGAAAAGGUACCUUU